GACUGAAUGGUAGCAAGGAACACAAUAAACCACCCACAGUUCCCUGCCCUUUAGCGUGGCCAGGCCUCAAGGUGAAGGCUGCCUGGUACAUUUGGAUUUCCCACAUCUGUGCUUAUUGCCAAGCGUUCCUGUUGGCUGCAGGAACCUUCUCCCUCUCUGCAGGCCCUGGGUGAGCCAAGCAGAAGGGGACCAGGAGACUCUUAAAGAAGCGAGCAUCUGUAGCUUCUUCAGUCAAGACAACAAGGACAAAGUUUUACAGAGUUUUAUUCUUCGAACAGCCAGAAAUCAUGAGCACUGCAAUUAUUUAAGAUUUAUCCUUUGAAAAAGCUGAAGCACAACCCCAGGCUGAGCCAAAAACCGUGUCUUUGCUGCUGAGAACGGGCACACGACGGUGGUAGAAGGCGCAUGUCUAGAUUACAGCCGCAUGCUCCGGGGGCCUGGAGCUCCUCCACCUCCCUCAAGAGGUCUAUCACGUACCGAGAACGAGGAGGAGCCUUCCCCGUCAGACACACAAACACGCUCUGCUCCCUCAGAUUGAGAGGUCAUCCAGCCCAGUUGCAAUGAGUGCAGCAGUGACUGUAUCAGAGGGUGCUAGCAGGGAGAUGGAGACCCUGUGCUCGGAGCUGCUCCUGCCCACCCCAGGAGAGGUGGGAGCCGUGGGAAGCCCUGGUGUGGCCAGCACUGGUCUGGCUGGGACACCCCCGCUGGCUGCCAGCCAGGACUUGCUGCUGGCAGAGGCAUCGAUGCCUGGGGAAGGGGCUCACGCUGAAGGAAGCAAUGUGGAAAUAUUCAUCGAGGCAGUGGGUGGCAAUGUGACCCUGAGCAACACGACCAGUGCCACAGAGGUUCUGGUCAAAGUGGUGGAACUGUACUUCUGUGAGAGGUGUGGCCAGAGCUUCUCAGAGGCCUCUCUGUUGUCCCAGCACCAGUGCCUGCUGCUGCCUGCCCCAGAGCACUUGGAACUCUCAGGGGCACUGUUGGCUUCUGCCAGCGAGGGCCAGAGUGACCCCAGGGGUUCAGAGCUGCCCGGAGCCAGCACACAGGAGGGCUCUGCUCCCGAGUGCUUGCUGUGCCCUGUCUGCCGAGAGGCAUUUUUGCAGCCUGGCCAACUCAAGGAGCACUUCAAGACCCACCGUGCCCCAUCGGGAGCCCUGCCCUGUCCCGAGAGGGGCUGCCACUUCACCACAGAGGACCGCAAGCAGCUGCGCAGUCACUUGCGCCACCUGCACGGGGCCUCCCCCGUGUCCUGCGCCUGCCGGGCCUGCCCGCUGCUCUUCCCCAGCCGCCAGGCCAUGGAACUGCACCACCGGACACACUUCCCCUUCCACUGCAGCCUCUGCGACUUCAUCACAGCCAAUGCCAAGCUCUUCUGGCAGCACAGGAAGGGUCACACCACUGAGUCCCCUUCUGAGAUGUCCACAACAGACAGCCCCCCCAGUUCAGACCCUCACGGCUUUGACCAGUGCUGCAUCCUGCCAUCAGCAUCAGAAGGGCAGGAGGAACCAGGUAAUUGCCAACCUGGCUGGAAAGCCAGCACAGCAGAAGCCAGGCCAGCAAAGCCUGCAGGUACUGAGGACAGCUCCUUGAAGGGACAGAAAGCAUCAGCUGAAGAAGAGGAUUCGGACAGCAGUGGGGAUGACUCUCCAGAGGAGGAUGGCAAGAGCCUCUGUGAAGCCAAAGCGGAUGGAAAGGCAGCUCCCAAAAAAGUUGGAGUGCCACAGGCACAGCACUUCAAAGGGGAUGUUGCAGAAGGCUCCGAGUACCUCUACAAAACCCACAUGUGCCCCGAAUGCAAGCGGUGUUUCAAAAAGCGGACCCACCUGGUAGAGCACCUCCACCUGCACUUCCCUGACCCCAGCCUGCAGUGCCCCAACUGCCACAAGUACUUCACCAGCAAAAGCAAGCUGAAAAUCCACAUGAUGCGGGAGACAGGCGAGAAGGCUCAUCGCUGCCCUCUCUGCCACUACAGCUCAGUGGAGAAGAAUGCCCUCAACCGCCACAUGGCCAGCAUGCAUGAGGACAUCUCCAACUUCUACUCUGAUGUUUACUCCUGCCCAGUCUGUGAGGAGAAGUUUCGGCUCAGCCAGGCCCUCAAGGAGCACUUGAAGACUCACAAAGCCGAACCCAAGAGGCUGAGCUGCUUCCACGGGGACUGCAACUAUUGUGCAGAGGACCGGAAGGAGUUUGUCCGUCACCUCAAGGAUGCUCAUGGCAUCAAGGCAGUGGAGUGCAAGUACCAUGCCUGCUCGCUGCUCUUCGGCACGGCUGAGGCCAUGGAGGCUCAUCGGAAAACCCACUAUGCCUUCCACUGCCAGCAGUGUGACUUCAUCUGCUCCAACAAGCACGUUUUCCGCAAGCACAAGAAGCAGGGGCACCCAGGCAGCGAGCAGCUCCAGUGCAGUUUCUGCCCCUAUGCCACGUUCAACCCUGUGGAGUUUCAUGACCAUGUGGGCAAGAUGCACGCCAACGAGAAGAUCCACAAGUGCACUGAGUGUGCCUUUGCUACAGCGCACAAGCGGGUGCUCAUCCGGCACAUGCUGUUGCACACUGGAGAGAAACCUCACAAGUGUGAGCUCUGCGACUUCACGUGCCGGGAUGUGAGCUACCUGUCCAAGCACAUGCUGACCCACUCCAACGACAAGAACUUCAUGUGCACCGAGUGCGGGUACAUCACCAAGUGGAAGCAUUACCUGAACGUUCACAUGCGCAAGCACACCGGAGAUCUCCGGUACCAAUGUAACCAGUGCUCGUACCGGUGUCACCGUGCUGACCAGCUGAGCAGCCACAAGCUGCGGCAUCAGGGUAAAAGUCUGAUCUGUGAGGUGUGUGGCUUUGCCUGCAAGCGCAAGUAUGAGCUGCAGAAGCACAUGCAGGCAAAGCACUCACAGAACUACCAGGUGCCUAUCUUCCAGUGCCAGUACUGCACCUACCAGACCAAGUACAAGCAGGCGCUGCUGAACCAUGAAAACUGCAAGCACACCAAGCAGAAGGAGUUUCGCUGUGCCCUCUGUUCGUACUGCACCUUCAGUAACACCAGCCUCUUCUUCCAUAAGCGCAAGAUUCAUGGCUAUGUUCCUGGUGACAAGGACUGGCUGGAAAAUUAUGCCAGCAAGGAGAUGGAGAUCAGCUCAUCUGAGGCACUCUUUGGCUGUGAGCUUGGUGCAACCCUGCAUGUGGAUGCCAGUUCCCCCCUCAGUGGCAAGGAGCAGUGGAUGAAGGAGAAGCCAUCCCAGGUGGAGUCCCAGGGAGAAGAGGGAUAUGAGCAAGUGUUCAUGGUGCCUCUGCUUGAGCAGGAUGCCGCUCCACCAGAAAGCUGCAGCAAGGCAGAGAAAGGUGUGAGUGAGGGGGAGCAGAGCUGUGCUAUUGCUAGCAAUGCCCUGGAAGAUGACUGCAUCCACGGAAAUGCUGCCACAGGCUCUACUGAGCUCACUGUUUCUGAAGAUGUGGCAGAGAGCUGUACCUUGCACUUGGAGGCACUGAAUGUCUCAUCUGACCCUCUCCUGGAGAACUUGACUGGAGAAGCCUGUGUGACCCAGCCAGAGAGAGUGGAAAUGCUGUCCUGCAAGGAGCCUCCUGCAGCCUAUGAGAUGCUGGGCUCCCAGGAUGGCCUUGGCUUGGAGGACAGUGGCACUACAGCUGAAGACAUCCCAGACUUUGAGGAAGAGGUAGAUGUAGAGGAAGACAAGGUGGUGAAGGGCAGUGUAGUGGCAGGAGACAACCAGGGAAAAGAAACCCUAGAGGAGGACAUGGGUCACCUUGAGGGGUCAUGCUCAGACCACCACAAGGUGGUGGCAGACACUGAGGUGAGAGAGACCAGCCAAGCCAAGCUGCCAGAGGCCUGGCUCAGCAUGCUGAAGACACCUGAACAGGGCCACCUGCCUGUCCCAGAGGAUGUGACCACCUCUGGUGACAAUGCCAGGGGCAGCUCAGAGUCAGUGCUGAAGGCUCUGCGGAAGCAGGACAAAGAACAGGCGGAGACACUGGUGCUGGAGGGCAGGGUGCAGAUGUUGGUGGUGCAGUCGGAGAGCCAGGUCUUCAGGUGCGAGAAGUGCUCGUACAUCACGCGGAAGGAGAAAUCCAUGUCCCUGCACUCCAAAGCCAGCUGCCAGAGCCGCCGGGCCCCGCUCGUGUGCCGUGAGUGUGGUGCCAGCUUUAAGCAGCAGAGGGGACUCAAUACCCACCUCCUAAAGAAGUGCCCAGUUCUCCUGAAGAACAACAAGAUCCUCAAACCAACUAAUCAGGAGGCACCUGGACUGUGCCAGCCUGCUACCCAGCCUGGUGGUAAUGGUACAGAAACAGCAGAGAGUGAGAAGGGAGACUCAGAGGAGUCUGGGCAUGCUGAGAGCCCUUGGGAAGCUGAACUGCUGCCUGAUAAAACACAAGCAACAGGCAUUCCUUUGGCUGGGGCACAGACAUCAGGCUGUCAUGCCUCUGAAAAGUCCCUGCAGGGUGACAGCACAGAGGUGGCAGAAGAGCCUCCCCAGCAAGGGGGUGGGACUGAGCCAGAUGGUGUUGCUGGUGCCUCCCAGCCUGGGAAGCCCUCAGAGAAAUACCGACUGGAGGGAGGGAAGCUGCACUGCAAUGCCUGCUCCUUUGUGUGUUCCCGUGUCUCCACCAUCACCUCUCACGUGGAGGAUGGCUGCCGAAACCUGGAGCAGUUCUGGUGCUCUCUGUGCCCUGAGGCCUUCCGUUCCCGGCGGGCCCUCAAGAGCCACUGUGCUGAAAAGCACAUUGUGCAUCCCAAGGAGGAUGGACCCCAAAGGACCGAACUCCCUGAGGGGGAUCCACUCAGUGUUGAGAAAGGCGAGCCCAGCGAGCUCCCACUGGAUGCAGCCCCACCAAAAGCCACCCUGCCCAAGAGGAGGCGUUUCUCCUGCCCCACCUGCCCCUUCACCUGCCACCAGGAACGGGCCAUGAAGACUCACAAGAAGAGGGGCUGCGUGACGCUGGGUGAGUUUCGCUGUACGUCCUGCCCCUUCACCUCCAAGGUGGCGAAAGCCCUGCGUCUGCACCGCAGGCUGCACCGCAAGCAUUACAGCAAGCGGCCCCAGCUGCAGUGCCGCCAGUGCGAGUUCACCUGCAAGCAGGCCCGGUGCCUACGGCAGCACAUCCGCAUCAAGCACGAGGGGGUGAAGCCACACAAAUGCCGCUACUGCGAGUUCAGCACCACGCGACGCUACCGCCUGGAGGCCCACCAGUCCCUGCACACCGGCGUGGGGCGCAUUGCCUGCAGCAUCUGCAGCCAGACCUUCGGCACCAACUCCAAGCUGCGCAUCCACCGCCUGCGGGUGCACGAGAAGACACCCACUCACUUCUGCCCGCUCUGCGACUACAGCAGCUACCUGCAGAAUGACAUCACCCGCCACGUCAACAGCUGCCACCAUGGCGAGCUCAACUUUGGCUGCUCCCGCUGUGAGGCUCGCUUCAGUUCUGAGACGGCCCUCAAGCAGCACGUCCUGCGGCGGCACGAGCAGAAGGUUUCCUACGGCUGCCCACGCUGCGACUUCGUAUGUCACAGUGAGGCCACGCUCAAGUGCCAUGUGCAGAAGCAGCACCCACACCUGGAAUGCAGCACCUGCAAGGAGACCUUCGCCACCCGGGAGGCACUGGAGGAGCACAAGACGCAGCAUUUUAGCCACCGCUGUGAGCUGUGCAGCUUUGCAGCCAAGGAGCGGCAGCAGCUGGUGCGGCAUUAUGUGGAGAGUCAUGAGCCGACUGCUUCCCAGGACAAACCCCUGCACUGCCCUUUCUGUGACUUUGCCUGCCAGCACCAGCUUGUGUUUGACCAGCACAUGAAGGGCCAUGGGGGCACCCGCGUGUACAAGUGCUCGGACUGUGAGUACACCACCAAGAACAGGCAAAAGAUCACAUGGCACAUCCGCAUCCACACUGGUGAGAAGCCCUACAAGUGCCACCUCUGUAAAUACGCUUGUGCUGACCCCUCACGUCUCAAGUAUCACAUGCGGAUCCACAAGGAGGAGAGGAAAUAUCUGUGCCCUGACUGUGGCUACAAAUGCAAGUGGGUGAACCAGCUCAAGUACCACAUGACAAAGCACACGGGCCUGAAGCCAUACCGCUGCGAUGAGUGCGAGUACUGCACCAACCGCGCAGACGCCCUGCGGGUGCACAAGGAGACGCGGCACCAGGAGGCCCGUUCCUUCAUCUGUGAGCAGUGUGGCAAGGCCUUCAAGACCCGCUUUCUCCUCAAGACUCACCUGAAGAAGCACAGCGAGGAGAAGCCCUAUGUGUGCAACGCCUGCGGGCGGGCUUUCCGCUGGGCAGCUGGCCUGCGCCACCACUACCUGACCCACACCAACGAGCACCCCUUCUUCUGCCGCUACUGCCCCUACAAGGCCAAGCAGAAGUUCCAGGUCAUCAAACACAUCCAACGGCAUCACCCUGAGCACAGGGCUGUUGACCCUAGCCAGGGGGUGGGAAAGGACCCCAGCACCCACACCGUCCACCUUCACACCGUGCAGAGGGAGAGCCAGGCCAAGGGGUCCCCCAGGAUGGAGGAAGAAGGAGGGUGCCCUGCAGAGAAGGAUGGCACACUGCCCUGAGGCUGAAUCCCAACUGCUUUAAGGUGCUGGUGGCACAGGCCUGCUGCAGAGAUGUAUGUGUGUGUACAGGCAUAUAUGUAUAUGGGAUGUAAAAUACACAACUCAUUGCUCAUUUCCUUUUAA